UCGGAAACGUUGAAAAUUUCGUUAAGUAGUUGUAGGUUAUCGAAUGUGUAGUUGUUUUUGUUGCAACAAAUUUUAGAAAAAUGCUCGAUCUGUUUUCAAUAUUCAGUAAGAGCGGCAUUGUGCUAUGGUGUUUUCAGAGCACUUCACAGAUUUUUACACCGAGUGUCAAUGCGUUGAUACGAAGCGUUAUCCUACAGGAACGAACUGGGAAUCAUACGUUUGAACAUGAUUCUCUACGACUCCAGUACAAGCUGGAUAACGAGUUCGAAUUGGUGUUUGUUGUUGCAUACCAGAAAAUAUUGCAGUUAUCUUAUAUAGACAAAUUUUUAAAUGAUAUUCAUUUAGAAUUUAGAGAUCGUUUCAGAUGUGAAUUAAGCGCUUUUAAGUGGUUUCACACUUAUGAAUUUAAAGAUGAUUUUCGUCGCAUUUUGGCUGACAGCGAAGAGUGGGGAAAGAUGGUGACUAAAUUACCUAAGCAAAUGCGAUCGUUCAAUGAGAGUCAAAAAUCUAAGAAAACUGUAGCUAGUAUGAUUGAGAGAACAAACGACAAAGACAUUAAAAAACAAGGUAAAAAGAAGUUAGUCAGUGCUGAAGAGAUUAGUCAGGAAAUUGAAGAACAGCCAAAAGCUGAAUUACCGAGAGCUGAAUCGCCGAUGUCACUAGGAGAUCAAAAUGGUGAAUUAGACGACGAGGUAUUGAUGGCAAAUCGGCUGAAGCUUGCUCAAAAAUUCCAAAAGCCAAAAAAGACCGUCAAUAAACAGAAAAGUCCAAAGCCUGAAAAGGCUGGAAAGAAACCUCGUGUAUGGGAACUCCACGGUACCGCGAAGGAUCUACCUUCUUUAGAACGUACCAAGGAUAAACCUAAUGACUUCACCGAUCACAUUCAAGCUGAUAUAAACUUAGUUGGAAAAAUGAAAGGAGGUAUACAGGAUUUAGAAGUUGACAGCGAUUCCGAGGAUGACUACGAAGCGGAAGAGGAGGAUUUUGUUAAGCCCCAAGAGAAUAAGAAGUCCAGCGGAAUGCUUGCCAUGUUCAAGAAUCUAGUGAAAAAUAAAUCAUUGAAACACGAAGAUAUGGUCCCGGUGUUGGAAAAAAUGAAAGAUCAUCUUAUUGCAAAGAACGUCGCCGCUGAUAUUGCUCAUAAGCUUUGCGAGUCCGUUCGAACGAAGCUGGAAGGAAAGGUAUUAGGUACCUUUGCCAGCGUGACGAGCACCGUUAAAAAUACAUUGAAAGAAGCUCUGGUCCAGAUUCUGUCCCCAAAAAGAAGAAUCGAUAUUCUUCGAGAUGCUUACGAGGCCAAGAAUAAGGGCAGACCAUACGUAAUGACGUUUUGUGGUGUUAACGGUGUCGGAAAGUCCACUAAUCUGGCCAAGAUCUGUUUCUGGCUGAUUGAAAAUAAUUUUCGUGUUCUCAUUGCUGCCUGUGAUACAUUCAGAGCCGGUGCUGUGGAGCAGCUAAGGACACAUAUGCGACACUUGAAUGCACUUCAUCCGCCCGAGAAACACGGAAAUCAGACCAUGGUCCAGCUGUAUGAAAAGGGUUAUGGGAAAGAUGCCGCGGGAAUUGCCCUGGAAGCUAUUCGCUAUGCGAACGAUUCCAUGAUAGACGUGGUCUUAAUCGAUACCGCUGGUCGAAUGCAAGACAACGAGCCACUGAUGCGAGCUUUGGCCAAGCUGAUUAAAGUGAACGAACCGGAUUUGGUACUUUUUGUCGGGGAGGCUCUAGUGGGAAACGAAGCAGUCGAUCAAUUGGUAAAGUUCAAUCAAGCUCUCGCCGACUACAGUAAUUCCGAUAAUCCUCAUAUAAUCGAUGGAAUCGUCCUGACCAAGUUUGACACAAUCGAUGACAAGGUGGGAGCUGCCAUUUCCAUGACUUAUAUCACUGGUCAGCCGAUCGUCUUCGUGGGAACCGGUCAAACCUACACGGACCUAAAAUCAUUGAACGUUAAGACGGUUGUUCACGCGCUGAUGAAGUGAACCAGCAAUAUAUAU